AUGCUGCAAGUAAUAAGAAGGCAGGAACAGGUUUUUGUUAGAAAAGUGAUUGAGCUGCAUGACAAGUACAUGGCUUAUGUAAAUGACUGUUUUAUGAACCACACCCUAUUUCAUAAGGCGCUUAAAGAAGCAUUUGAAAUAUUCUACAACAAGGGCAUUUCCGGAAGUUCAAGUGCAGAAUUACUGGCCACAUUUUGUGAUAAUAUUCUUAAAAAAGGUGGAAGUGAGAAAUUAAGCGAUGAAGCCAUUGAAGACACACUUGAGAAGGCAUUUAAGCUGCUUGCUUACAUUAGCAAUAAAGAUCUGUUUGCUGAAUUCUAUUGGAAAAAACUUGCUCGGAGGCUGCUAUUUGACAAAAGUGCCAAUGAUGAACAUGAAAGGAGUAUCCUCACAAAGCUGAAACAGCAGUGUGGUGGUCAGUUUACUUCAAAGAUGGAGGGAAUGUUACAAGUCUUUAACAGUCUCAACCAAGUAACCUGUGCAUCAAAUUGCAUAACUGGAUUAAGAGCGACUUCUUCACAUAUUGGUGAUGCUGGACCAGAUGGCGCCACUGGUGGACGACAACUGGCGGGUGAAAUUCGAGAGGGUGGGAGAAAACGGGUUCUCUCGGUUGUAGGGAGUUUGGAUGCUGCAGGAGAUUGUGAUGAAGCUGCUAACAACUCUGUGUUUCCCUUACGUGUUGGCACGAGGGGUAUUUCCGGUAUUUGGGUACCCGUUGGUGGUGAACUCGGCUGUUUACAGAGCUUGGACACCAAAUUCUUUUGGCCCAAAAUUUUAAGGUUUAUGUAUGCAAACUCGGGGACUUCAAUACACACUUGCUUACAACAAUGUAUACAAACUAAGGAAAUAGGAAAAGACACAACGGAAAUAGGAAACGUUUCAGAGCUUCUUCAAUCUUGUUGGUUGAUCCUGCUACAUGGCCAAUAAUGAUCUUUAGGGUCCGCUAGAAGGAUUGUAGAUUGCAGUUAAGCUUCUAUCUAAGACUUCACGCCAAGGACUUGAUGAAUUUAAGCUAACAAUGUUUUACUUGAUUUGGACAAGAAACCUAAGAUAUCAUACUUUGGCAUGGCUAUAAGCUUUGGAGGAAACGAGACUCAAGAAAAAGCAAACACACAGAGAGUUGUUGGCACAUAGUAAGCUAGAUAAUGCAAUUAUAUAUAAAUUCUGCUUCUCUUGAGUUCAUUUUUUUAUAACAUUUACUCACUAUUGGAAUAAUUAUUUGUAUUUGACAUAUUA